CUAGCUUCCUGUCAUAUUGAUUAACACCUUAGCAAAACGAACGAGUGCUCGGCAUUUGCAACAAGCAACUGCUAAUUUGAAAAGAAAGAGGUACGCCUCACACGUAAUACCUACAACUCGCCUCCAAAUGGCGCCUCCAAGAGCGUACUCUAUAACCACAGCGGUGUGGUUGUUACUCGGAUCAGCAACCUUAGUAUCAACCGCCUAUUAUUACUCGUCGCGAAGGACCAAAACUCUGAAAUAUCACGAUGGUUCUACCAGACGGAUGUCAGAAACAAUUCAAGCGGUGUCAAUUCCUCGUCAACAGAUUCCUCUGGCCCGAGCGCUUGGUACCUUGACCCCUAUCGCGUAUGGUGAACCUUCCAAAACAGUGUUCCCGACGUUCCUUCGUAAAAAUGAAUCUGAUGAUAAAACCAUGACUGAUACCGUAUUGACAUCCUUUUUUGACUCGGCUCGAUCUAUGACUUCCGUUACAUGGUCCACUCCUUCACUUCCAACAAUGGAUGAUAUCACAAUGAAGAUGUCGGAGCUGUACCAAGCCUUUCCAGAACAGAUCAAGAGCUUACAAGAAAGUUACACCAGAUUUUGGGAAUUGCUUACCAUGGAUGAAUUUCGUCAGAUGAUGGAGGAAGUGUCUAAAGAAGAGGAAAAUGCGGACAAAAAUCCAGAGAUCCUAUUAGACGCAAGUGUUAGAGAAGGAAACACAUUGUCUAUGGAUGAACAAGCGUUUGUGAAUGCUCGAAAACGCAACAUGGUGGAAAGUUUUGCAAAAUUCAUUGGCGUUGAUCCUGACGAGGUCCAUGAGGACGAUUUGCCCGUUGUGGGCGUUGCAUCAAGUGGUGGUGGAUAUAGGGCUAUGAUUGGCAAUGCUGGUUAUCUAAUGGCCAUGGAAAAGACAGGCGCUUUAGAUUGUACUAUGUACUGCGCAGCUGUUUCUGGAUCGACUUGGACUUUAGCUCAAUAUUUGAGCCCUCUAACAAAAGCAUCGUCGGAAGAUCUAUUGUCCCAUUUGCGUACCCAUGCGCAAUCACAUGUGGUUAACAUUGGUCGCUUUCUCGGGCUAAUCAAUAGUUCGGAACAAAAUGCCAAAGCUGUUAUGGAAGGUGUUGUUCAGCGAUAUAAUCAACAAGGAGAGUCCGGAAAGAAAACAGGUCACGAGGAAAACAAUAAGACCCCGGUGGAUGUUGAUGUAAUGUUACCCGGAACUGACCAGAAGAUUUCCAAGCAAAGGCAGUAUGUCAAAGACGGCCUUCGUCCUAUGCCAAUCUAUUGCGUGGUGAGGCAUGCCAUCCGCGAAAAUCAGAGCAUUACCGACAGUGUAGAAUCUGAGAAUGAGUCGAAUGAAAAGCCAGAAGAGGGAAAGCAUAAUAAGGUUGCUGAUUCAAAAGUCGAAGAGCUACCAACUGUCGCUGAUGAAGGAAACGAUUCUAGCUCUACAGAGGAAGAACUUGGCCCAACCGAGAAAGAAGUCAGCGAAGAACAAGAUGUAUACCAAUGGUUUGAGUUUACCCCAUUUGAAGUUGGUAGUGAGGAAUUAAGUGCUUGGAUCCCCACCUGGGCAUUUGGAAGAACGUUUGAAGCUGGAAAGGGCAAGAAUCGAUGCCCUGAACAGAACCUUGGGAUAUUGUUAGGAACAUUUGGAUCCGCCUUCACAGCUACGCUUGCACACUUUUACCAAGAGGUCAGGGGAUUGCUACCAAUGACAGCUCUCCAAAAAGCCGAUAGUACCAUAAAGCAAUACGAAGAAUCCGUUACCUCCAUACAUCCUAUCUCCCCAGCUUCCUUCCCAAAUCCAUUCUACAAGCUUCCACCCACCCCUCCUGUAGCUGACCCCGUCAAUGUGCGAUCAGAAAGCAUCAUUAAUUCUCCGGAUUUGCGCCUGAUGGAUGCUGGCAUGGACAAUAAUAUACCAUUCUAUCCUCUGCUUCGCAACGGGAGAUCGGUUGAUGUUAUCAUUACAUUCGAUUUGAGCGCUGACAUCCAGGCUGCUCCUCACUUUGAGCGUGCUGAAGGUUGGGUAAAACGGAGAGGCGUCCAAGGGUGGCCAAUCGGUGCUGGUUGGCCCAAGAAAGACAUCGAAGUUGAAACUCAACAAGAGGACGGUGGAGCAGAAAACAUCGAUGCUGAAAAGGAGAAGGAAGUCCAUGGAACUAAAUUAGUAAACGAAACGGAGGAGUUGAAAGAGAUGAAGCAAGCUCAAGAAGACACCAUCUCGCAUGCCAGAUCUCCUUCCCCGAAGAGCAAAUACAGGCUUGGUCAUUGUACAGUUUUUGCAUCCAGUGCCAGUGAAACUACCAUGGAUGGUAAUGGAAAGGAUGAAGCUGACAACAACAGUGGCACAACCAUAUACCGUGAAGAUAUCAACCCUAUUACCGUAAUCUACUUUCCAUUAAUUGGUAAUGAUCGCUAUGAUCCAGAUUAUGAUCCACAAGAAAACGAUAUAACGACCACUUGGAACUUUGUGUACUCUCCAUCGCAAGUCAGCAAGCUUCAUGGCCUAGCUGAAGCUAAUUGGACUGAAAAUGUUGAACAAGUUCGGCAAGUUCUUAGAGGAGUAUGGGAACGUAAGAGGAAGCAAAGAGAAGCGAACGAGCCUCACACCAUAAACGAUCAAUUUUCGAGCCCUUAGUUGAACGCGACUAAUUACAUACAUCAUACAAUACACGCUGCAUGCCAUAGAUCUAGAUAUUAACUAUAUAAUUAUUGUAUCUCAAUAAAUUUCAAUACCGUAACAGUAUCAUAA